AUGAAGUACUCAAUAUAGAGUAAAUACAUACUAUACAAAGAUUAGUUGAUAAGUGGAUAUGUGUGCAUAGAAGAUGAAUACAUCAAACAUAUUUUACAAGAGCCUAAUGAAUUAUUAAUUUAAUACCCUAUCAAAUAUGUCUACUUGAAUCAAGUGCUUAUGGCAGCAGCUAUUGACACUAAUGUAUCAUUAAGCAUGUGGAAUCAUGUUGAAGAAUUUACUAAGUACAAACUUUUUACUAUUAGAUUGGCUAUUGUCGGAGGUGCAUCUUUAAUUGUUAACAAACCUUACUAAUUAAAUUUUGAUAUAGAUGCAUAUGAAACAUACAAAAUGCAAAUUCAAUAAUUGCAAUCCAAAUCACAAACAGAUUUUAUUUAAAUGGGCAAAAUUCUAUAAACAGAGGAUGUACACACUCUAGUCCUAUAUUUGCAUAGAUAGAUCAACUAAUGAAGUUAGGUGCGUUUUGUUUCGAUUGUCAUUUAUUACCUUCCUAUACAGGGACAUAUUUUAAAGAUCUUCAGUAAUUGCAAUAAGUUUUAUAAUAUUUGCCCUCAUAAGCCUGUCUAUUUAUACACACUUAAAAUACUGUUGACAAAGAUUUAGGGAUUACAUCACCUUUUAGAAGUAAACCCUUUGCUGAACGAUUAAAUAUUACUUAAUUAGAUUUAGUUGAUGCAGAUGGAGUAUCAGGAUCAUGUAUUAGUGAUGAUGAAAAAAUUCAAAAUGAUGAUCCCAAAUAUUUGUAAUAAAUAGAAUAUCUAAAUGAGAGUAAUUCUCCUAUUAAGGAAAUAGGUAUAUAAUCAAAAUCAAUAUAGUUAAAAAAUAUAAGAAUUCAGAUGAGAAAAGAAUUUCAGAAUUUGAAGAUUAAUAUGAUACUCCAUUAUCUCCUAAACUUUAAUCAAAUAUAUAUAAAAUUAAAUCUAAGUAGAUUACAGAGCAAUCAUAAAUAUCAUUAAUAAGUAGAGCUGAACUUAUAACAUAUAAAGAAGUUCCAAAAAUGGAAUAGAAUUAUAAAUUUCCUUAUGAUGACACAGAUAGUAUAUAAUAAUAAUAAUAAUAAUAAUAAUAAUAAUAAUAAUAAUAAUAAUAAUAAAAUCCGUAAUUAAAAAUAGAAAUAAAACUUCCCAUAUAAGAUCAAGAAUCACCUUUAGGAUCAAAAAAAGAUUCAAAUUAAUAAGAUUCUAAUCAAAAACAUAGUCCAUAAAUGUCCAUACAAUCUUCAGAUAUAUCUUCACCAGAAAGCCUCUCAUUAAAAUCAGAAUGCAGAUUAAGAUCAAGAGCUUAUACUGCUUAAGGACUUCUGUAAAGAAGAUAAUCAAAAACUGGAUUUGCAUUAGUUUUGCACUAAGUUGAAGAUAAUUCAAAUGGUAAAUAUGGAUCUGGAGAUAUGCUAUUACUAAAUUUUUCAGAAUCACGACCUCGUUAAAAUUAGAAUAAUAAUAAUAGAUUCAAUAGAGAUUACUUAUGUUUUUUAGCAUUUCGACCUGCUACUUGGGAAAAAUUUGCUGUUUAAAAAGUGAAAAAGAUGAUCAAACAAUAAUUUAAAUGUAAGAUUAUUCUUAAUGGUUUUUCUUCUUCUUUUUCUUUGGUGGAGAUAAAAGAACUUAUCAAUAACUCAAUAUUUAGUGAUAUUGGAUAUCCUUAUCUAUUAUUAGAUAGUGAUGAUAUAAGUGAUGGAGUUACUAAAUUCAAAUCUGAUCCUCCAAUUCGAUAAAAAUAUAAUAAAUAAUUAUUAUAAAAAGGAAUAUAAUAAAAUAAUUGGAUAAGUAGUAUAUCAAGUUCACAUCUUUAUGUGAAUGGUUUAUAUAAAUUUGAAGAAUAAGGAGAUUUUCGAAAAGCUGUUAGCGGAUUGUGUAGUAUAGGAUGCACAUUCUAAGCAUUAUGGACUUUAUUAUUUUGUAAAAAGAAUCAAGAUCCAAAUAACAUAAAAAAAGCAUUCUACAAUAAAGAAAUAAAUAAUCCUAGAUAUAAAAGAAUGUUAUUAAAACUUAUUUAAUUAUAAUAACUUGUAUCUUCAGGACCAGCACAAUAUUUAAAUCUCAAAGAUAGAGGAAGUAUAGAAGAAGGAAAAAUAGCUGAUUUAGUUGUAUUUGAUCCAUUUAAAACAUGGAAAUUGAAUUUUGAAAAAAUAAAUCACAUUUUUACUUUUUCUAUUGAUAAACACAUAUUUAAAAAUAGAUUAUUUUUAGGUUCAGUUGACUCAGUAUUUAUUAGAGGUAUUUAAAAUAUUAUUAUUUUAGGUGAAAUAAUAUUAAAUUAAGAAAAUCAAAUAAUAACAAUUUAAAAUAGAAAAGGGAUUUAAAUAUUGAAAUGA